UGUUUGAAAUGGGCCAGAAAUGUUAUCAUUUUUGUGUUCAUAACUUCAGAAAAUACCAUGAAAGUGUUACAAUGCCAUAAAAAUCCUUCAUUUGUGUGAAGUAUAGCAUAGAUCACCCAUUGCAUUGUUAAUUUUUGAAGUUCUAAAAUGUUUCAGCUGAUGUAAUAUUUGUUUGGAAAAAACUCCUCACUGAAGGAUUUUAUGAUAUUCCAUCUUAUUAAAACAAUUCAAGUGCAAACUCUAGUCUGAACUGCUUUUCACUUCUGGGUUUGCAAUAGAGGCAACCCUGGUGAUGUUCUGUUGGUACAGGAAUUUAACUGUUUGAAUAAGUUUAAAAUAAAUAAUAAAGCAUUAAAUGAGCUAGAAAUGUCUCCAGAAGGAGUUUUUCUGGAUUUUUAGUUCCUUUCCUGAAAUACCUGUCCUUACCAAAAUGUCUGUUUUCACUGUGUCCUGAAAUCCUGGGACCAAAAGAGCCUGAGGAUGGAACCUCCUAUUUUGAGAGUCAAGUGCCGGUGGAAUGUUAUGCACAGCUUUUAUAUAAAUGAAACAAAAAGUUUUCAACCAAAAGUUGUUUCAUUGCUGCUUUUUGAUCUGUAGGUAAUGGAAAAGGAGGUGAAUCUAUUUAUGGUGGCUAUUUCAAAGAGAAUGUGGUCUUUUGCAAAAUGAAAAGGUAAGAGACAAAAGCUCAGUAACACAAAUUCAAACUCUGUUCCCUUGUCCCCUCCCUAGUAAAUUAUAUGUAGACAACUGCUAAGUCCCUUUGUAGAUGGAUAUCUGUGUUGCUUGGAGAAAUAAAGAGUUCUGUGUCUAACCUUUCUGAGGGUUCAUGACUUAUUCUGAGAGAAAAUCCACAUAAUUCCAGCUCUAAACAGUGAUUUCUUCUUUUGUUAAUGUCCCUUUUCCUCCCCUUCCCUACUCAAGGUUUGUAUGCUUAGGGUUUAUUUCUGACUUUAUUUAUAUGCUACACAAGUCAUUUUCCUUGCAAAGAAUUGAGAAAUAAAUGUACAAUUACCUCUUGUAAAAAUCUGUUGGAAGGAAAAUGGUGAGUUUUUAAAUUAUUUGUUUAAAGACAUAGAAUUAUUUCUUUAAAAAACCAGGUGGUUACUGCAAUAUUCAAGUGUUAAGACAGUGAAUAUAUUUAUUUACAGCUUCUGGUUCUGUGUGUGGUUAGAUGCAUGAAACUAAGUUUCUCUUAAAAAAGAGACACAGUUUGAUGUGGGACUAUUGAAGUUUUUAGUCAAGGAAAAGCUUGAACAGAUCCAUUUACUAAGAAGUUACUCAGGGUUUGUUUCUCAUGGUGAGUGCUAAAUAUGCAGGAUUGUGUUUUGAUAUGUGAUCUAAAAAUUAAUAGCUUUGUACAUUCAAAUUGGUAUUUUUAUCUUUGGAAAUGAGCUGGAGAAGAUCUGGUUUUAUAUUCUGCUGUACAGCCAGAACUCCUCUUUAAUUCACUGCAAUAUAAAAUGCAUGUUCUGUUUAUUCUUAGUUGCUUUUAUAUUUAGAUUCAGAUACAGAGAGGUUUUUUCCCUUCUAUGCUUUGAGACUUCCACUUUUGAGUGUAGAAGUGGCAUUUUUAGUGUGCCAUACCAGGGAAAUAAUCAGCUUUUUCUCCUGACCUUUCUACCUGGAGUGUCAAUAACAGCAUCAUGUGUGUUAAUUCCUGUUUUAGAAUGUCAAUAAUUCUGCCAACCUUGUUCUUACCCAAAUAACUCAGGAUUUAAAUCCAUUCUCUAAUGUUUAUUGAAGACACUCAUAAUGGCUUGAAUUAUUUUUAAUUAGAAAUGUUUGCACUAUAUCGACACCAUUUUAAGAACCAAAGUUUUGUCUCAACUGUAAUUUGAAGAGACUUGUUUAAACCUGAUUGUUGUUUUUCCUCCAACCUGUUCCUGUUUCUCCAGCAGCAGCAGAAUUUCUCCUUAGAGCAUCCAUAAGUUACUAAGAAAACAACCUGCCUCCCUUGCCAGGGAAAAUCUGACAAACAUAUUUUUUCUUCAAACAGAUGAAAACUUUAUUCUCAAACAUGACAGAGCGUUCCUUUUGUCAAUGGCAAACCGAGGGAAACAUACCAAUGGUUCCCAAUUUUUCAUAACAACAAAACCUGCUCCUCAUCUCGAUGGUGUGCACGUUGUCUUUGGGCUGGUUAUUUCUGGGUUUGAAGUCAUAGAACAGAUAGAAAAUCUCAAAACCGACACCGCCAGCAGGCCCUACGCAGACGUGCGAGUCAUUGACUGCGGGGUGCUGGUCACCAGCUCAGCCAAGGAUGCUUUGGAGAAGAAGAAGAAAGUUUGCUCUGACUCAGAAGCCUCAGAGUCCUCUUCCAGUGCAUCCAGCUCUUCAGAAUCCUCCUCUGAGAGUGAGGCUGAGAACGAAAGGAGCAGGAGGAAAAAGAGGAAAAGAAGAGCUAAAACCAAACAGUCCAGGAAACGAAGGAAGGAGGAGAGGAAGAAGGAGGAUCCAAGGUGCAAGCGAACCUCAAGCCAAAGACGCAGCCUUUCUGACAAGAGCGAUGUCGCAGACAAAGUCGACCUUAGCACCAAGCGGGACAAGCCCGUGGUACGUCCUGAGGAAAUCCCCCCAGUGCCUGAAAAUAGAUUUUUGCUCAGAAGAGAUGUGCCUGUUGUCAAUGUAGAGCCUGAACCGAAGCUUCUUGAUGCUGCACCAGUUCUGACUGACCAGAAACCAUCAGUCUCUAAAUCUGGACGAAAAAUUAAAGGAAGAGGCACAAUACGCUAUCACACCCCGCCGCGGUCGCGCUCCUGCUCCGAGUCGGACGAUGAGGAGAGCAGCGAGACCCCUCCCCACUGGAAGGAGGAGAUGCAGAGGCUGCGGACGUACCGAGCCCCCAGCGGGGAGAAGUGGAGCAAAGGAGACAAGUUGAGUGACCCCUGUACCAGCAGAUGGGAUGAGAGGAGUGCAUCCCGAAGAUCCAGGUCUUGGUCCCAUAACGGUUAUGCUGAUCUGAGCACUGUGAGAUACUCCAGCCAUCACAAGAAGCACAGGAAAGAGAAGAAGAAGGUGAAACAUAAAAAGAAAUCUAAAAAGCAGAAGCACUUCAAGAAGCACAAGCAAACAAAGAAAAAGAAGACAUCAGCCUCAUCAGAUGUAGAAUCCUCUCAUUCCUUCCACAGGAGGACAAAAUCAUCCUGUGAUCGUGAGAGGAAAUCUCGUUCUUCCUCAUUGUCUUCCAGGCGUUCAUCCAGGAGGGACUGGUCUAAAUCUGAUAAGGAAGACCAGAGCUUGUCAUCUUUAUCAAGCAGAGGGUCUCGAUCGUACUACAGGUCCAGAUCCAGGUCUAGAUCUAAAUCAAGAUCUUACUCCAGAAGAAGUUCUAGAUCAAGAUCAGCCUCUAAAUCAUCGCGAUCUCGAAGUAGGUCACGGUCAAGUUCUAACCCCAGGCAGCAAAAGACUGUUCCCAAUUCUCCACGGAAUAUUUCAGCACGGUUAAAUGACACUAAGCUGACCAAGACUGCUGAGCCUGUCCGAGCAGUGAUCCUGCCCAGUGACAAGGUUAUUGUGCCACCAGUUGUCCCAGAAAACCUCCCUGUCAUACCCUUAAGUGACAGUCCCCCACCUUCAAGAUGGAAACCUGGGCAGAAACCUUGGAAGCCAUCAUAUGAGCGCAUUCAGGAGAUGAAAGCUAAAACAACCCACUUAAUUCCCACCCAAACUAAUUACAAUUUAGUGGUGGUUAAGGAGGCCAACACUUCUUCCUCCUAUCGCAAGCAGGAGAGGAGCUCUGAGAGCGAUCGGAGCGGUUAUUCCAAAGGCCGCAGCGACAGGAGCUCGGAGAGCUGGCCCAGGUCCAGGAGCAGAUCCUCUCGAAGCCGCUCCUACUCAAGAUCUUACUCAAGGUCUAGAAGCCCAUCGAGCUCCAGGACAAAAUCCCCUUCUUCUGGCAGGUCACCGUCCCCCAGUAAAUACCGCAGUGACAGGUCGGGGUACAGCGAGUCCACGUCCGACUAUUCCCUCAGCGAUGAGGACCGGCACAGGAGCAAAAGGAAAUCCACAUCCAGCGAUCCCAAAGCUCGGGGCCUCAAACCGAGGCAGGAAACGAGCUCUGAUAGCACUUUGCCUUACAAGCAUCCAAAGGACUACGAUGAGUCUUCCCAAGGGUUGAAGGAGAGUGACAGUUUGUCAUCCUCAGACUUGUCCUCCGACAGUGAGCGCUCUGCCAAAGCCAAAGCAGUCCAAGAAAAAGAAGGCCGCUUUCCAUUAGAAGGGGAUGCUGAGAAACAGGAUAAAAAUAGCUUAAGUUGUGAGAGAGAGGAGGAGAAAGGCAAAGGUGAGCGGGAUUCUGAUCACUCCAAAAAGAAAGCAGCUAAGGAGAAAUGCUCGGAGCAGCCCAGAGGUGGUGCAAAAACAAAACGCAAAUCCUACUCAGGUAGCAAAUGGGACUCAGAGUCCAACUCUGAAAGAGGAGAGGCAAAACAUAACAGGGGAGAUUCCAAACCCUCCUCUGGGAAAGAAGAAGGAGAGGCCACCUCAGGGUCUGACACAGAGCUUAGUGUUACCAAAAGGAUAAAAAAACAAUCCAAUUCCUCAGAGGGCUUUUUGGGUUCUGACUGCACGUGGAAGACAAGCAAACAGUUGUCAUCUUCUGAGUCUGAGAGUUCUUGUUCCAGCUCAGCAGACACUCGAAGCAAGUUGAAAAAACACAAACAUGGGUUGAAAAAGACUCCUAAAAAAUCACAUUCCAAAAAAGCAAAAGAAAAAUCGAAAGGCAAAAAGGAGAAAAAACACAAAGUCCAGAAAAGAAAAGAAAUGUUUCAUUGGCAGCCCCCCCUUGAGUUUGGGGAAGAAGAGGAUGAUGAGAUAAAUGACAAGCUGGUUACCAAGGAUGAUAAAAAAGAAAAGCAGCUUAGCAGGGACAUAAAGGAUAAAAAACAAGUUUAUGAAAAGGAUGAAAUAGUCACAGAUAAAAUGGGAAAUGGUGAAAAGUCAUGUGUGAAUGAAAACCUUUUAGAUAAAAACACCACAUGUGGGACCUCGCCAGAUCGCAGCAACCUUAAUAAAGAGCCCAUUGAAACAAGCACUUCAACUGAUAUUUUAAACUCAGGAAUAAACGUGGCUGCCUGCAAGAGUGAGAUUAAACAAGUUGAAGAAAAUAACCAGAAUGGGCUGGAAGAUGUUAUUCAGACAGAUGACAACAUGGACAUUUGUACUCCGGAUCGUAACUCGCCAGGGAAGGUGGAUGUGGAUGUUUUGUCUCCUGUCAUUCUCACUGCUAAACCUUUAAGUGCUGGUGUAAAAAAAGAAUUACAGGUUGAGACCCCUGAGCAAGAUGCUGUCAAACUGGGAAACAACACAAGAGACUUUAAUAUUAAUAAAGAAGAAAAAGAAACGGGAAGGCAAGAAAAUAACUCUGCCCCUGUGUCUGGUGCUAAAGACAUUAGUUUAAAAAGUGAAAUUUCUGAAAAUACACCAAGCAAUAUGAUAGACAAUAAAUGGAAGCCUUUGCAAGGUGUUGGUAACUUAAAACCAGCAACAAUCAGUACGACCACAGAGGUUAAAAAUGUAGCAUCAGCCCCAGAGCCUAAACCAGCAGGUUUAAGAAUUGAAAUAAAAGCAAAAAAUAAAGUAAGGCCUGGGUCUCUCUUUGAUGAAGUGAGGAAAACAGCCCGGCUAAAUCGUCGGCCAAGGAACCAAGAAAGUUCCAGUGAGGAGGAAUCUCCGAGCAGAGAUGACAACAGCCCUUCCAGGAGUCUCAGCAGGUCACGAAGUAAAUCUGAGUCUAAAUCCAGACACAGAACCAGGUCCAUAUCCUACAGUCACUCGAGAAGUCGAUCCCGAAGUUCUACAUAUUCGUACAGGUCCAGGAGUUACUCGAGGAGCCGGAGCCGGGGCUGGUACAGCCGAGAUCGCUCCAGGAGCCGGAGUAGUUCCUACCACAGCUACAAGAGCCGUAGCCGGAGCUACAGCAGGAGCCGAUCCAGGAGCAGUUCCUAUGGGCACCACAGUCGAUCCAGCAGGUCCUACACCUAUGACAGUUACUACAGCAGGAGUCGGAGCAGGAGCAAGAGGAGCGACAGCUACCGGAGAUCUCGGAGCUACGACCGGAGAUCCAGAUCCUACGGCUCCGACAGCGACAGCGAUCGCAGCUACUCCAACAACAGGAGCCCCAGUGAGAGCAGCAGAUACAGCUGAGAAUGUUCCUUGGAGGAUGGAAACUCUGCUCCACAAUUUUUUCAGUGUUAUACUCAAAAAAACUCUUCUGACAGUGUCACAAGUGAAGGUUGUUUGCUGAAUUAGCUGAAACUUUCCCGUUAAACAGUGAAUUCAGCUCUGCUUACAGAGAGAAGGACUGAGCUCGACAGCUGAUGUUAUUUUUUAUUUUUUUUAUGUCAAAUGCAACUUUUACAAAAUAAUAAUAAAAAAGCCCAGUUUGGUUUCCUUGAAUCAGCUUUUCCAAGCCAUGUAUUACACUUAGGUGAAUUGCUGCUGCCACUUUUUGGGUGCAGCAGUCAGGACUGUCUUCAAGUCUGUUUAUAAACACCUUAGGAAAGAUGUGCUAGCAACUAUUAAACUGUGAAGUCAAUUUCUUAAAAAGGCUGCCAUUUCUAGUUGAUGAAAAUGCUUUUUUAUUGCUGGAAGCUGUUUCCAUUCUGUCUUGAUUGUUGAUUAUUGCAUUCUGUACAGGAUAUAGGUGAGGAAAACAAAGCCUGCCACUCUGUCUUAAUCCCUCCUGAGCUGUGGUGUUCUGGAAUUCUGCUGGAAAAGGUGAGCUGAUGCCCAGUGGGAAUUGUCAAACUGACAAGCAGUGAGCAAAAGUGUGAUGAAUGAGUUUGGAGCUUAAUAUCCAACCUGACUAAACUUUUUAUGUUUUAAAGAGGAAUUUUGUGAUAAACAGCAAUGUCCUUCAGAGACUAAAAAUGUGUUUCCAAACACUUCCUGACUUUGGUUUUCAGUUCCUAUUACAGUGCUUGGCAUCCUUCAACACAUUUUGAAUGUUGUAAACCAUGAAUGUGUCCUGAGUUUGUCCAAAGCACUCUUUCAAACACUGACAUGAUGAUAAUUUUUUGAGAAAACCAGCCAUAAAGGUUCCUUUAUAAAACCUCCUUUAUAAAGAAAACCUCUAUCCCAUUCACCAUAGGGAAUAUCAGAUACUGAUAUUGCAGAUAUUGAAUUAUAUCUUGUUAAAGCAGGACUACAGAAAUACUGGGAUGCCUCAUAAAAAGCAUGAACAAUACCUUCAAAGUAAAGUUUAGUACCAAAAAUUACUCUCAAGUUCCAGGCAAAUUGCUUGCAAAAAUAUAAAUAGAUUCAAGCUGAAGACCGUUGAGUAAUUCUUGCAAUAUUCUGAUUCAGUUGAUUUAAAAUAAUCUGUAAAGUUUUUGAGGGGAAUUGAGAAAGUUGUGUUCUGAGAACCAGAUUUUUUAAUGGCAUAAUGUAACCUAAAAAUUGAGGUCUGUGGUGACAAAACCAACAUGGUUUAAUUAGAGUUAAUGAGCACUGUUGUACCAUAACAGUUUCCAUUAAUGAUUUUCUGUAAUAUCUGGACAUGCUUUCAUUUGCUCAUUUUCAAAUACAGGAAAUUGUUUUUCUUAAUCUCAUCAGGACCCAGUAGCUUUGACAAUUAAAAGCAGUAAUAUUUUGCUGAGGCAUCAAUUCCUUCUCUCUUUGAUUGAAUUAAGCUCCCCCAAAUUUGAUGAUUUUUUUAUUUUGUACACUUAUGAAAAGCAAGUUCAAAGGGAGAUGGUGAUGAUUCCCUCCAUUUCUGUCCACCCACAGCACAUUCCUGAUUUUGAAUUGGCCAUGGAGGUUUUUCACUUUUCUAGAAGUACCCAAAACUCUGCUCUUACCCCCUUUCCUACACUUAAGAAUUUAGUGACAAAGCGUUUGCAUGCAACCUUUCCACCCUUUGGUAAACUUUUUAUGCUUUUUAGCAUUAAAUACAUUUAAUACCCAAGUCAGGAUACAUUUACAAACAUGUUUCUAACAGCAGCAGCCAUCUCAGAGUCCUGAACAAAUAUUUCAGUGAUAUUUGUUGUAGUUUCAUCAUUUUCAGUACAGCUGUAACUUUUUCCCCUUUCUAAGAAAAUAGAACUAGAGGGUUCAUGGUGUUAUGAAAUACACAAAUAUAACCAUUACUAGUGAAAAUAUUGGUCCAGGAUCAGAUUUUUAUCAUAUUUCAGCUCUGAUUUGACUUUUUAAGGCCAGGUCAAACAAUUAACUGUAGUUAUCAAAAGUUACUGCACUGUCACUAAGUCUUUCAUAUCUUUAGUCAAAAGUUUAUAAAGAAAUUCCAUCAGGUAGAGAAUGGUUGGGGAGGGGUUGAGGCAAGGGCUGGGGGUAUUUUUACUUAGUGAAAUCUAUUAAAUUGUGCUUCAGAUGGAAAAUGUCCCCCUGAGCUGGUUUUCUAACGCUGCUCUAUGUUUUUGCAAUUUUGUUAUUCCAAAGUAGUUGCUGUUUGUAAAAUAAACUUUUGUACAUAUCUGCAAAUGCUGUUUUCUCUACAUCUGGAAAAAUCCCUGGUGCUGCUCGAAGGAAAGAGGCAGGAAAAUUAAAACUGCACUUUCAGAAUCCACUUUUGUUCCUUGCAAGACUCAGACACGAAGUUGCUUUUCCUUUUCUU